UGUGUCACAAUUGAAAGAUUAUUUACGGUUUCACAAUCAGUAUGUGUCGGGAAAGAAGAAUGAACUUGUUUUAAGAGCUAAAGGUGUACAGAAGUUAGGCUUAAACGAUCUCCAGCAGGAACAAAGGAACGCGGAAGUGAAUUUUGAAAAAAGAAAAACUGAGAAACUUGUAACACCGCUCGGUGAGAAAUUACCGAAUCCAGAGACAUUAAAAACGUGGAGUAAUGAUCUAAUGGAAUUUCCUAACUUCAGUGAUGGAGAUAUUUACAAUUAUUUUGUAUUAAAAAUGAAAACAAAGAAACAGCUGAGAUCCAAAGUGUACUACGCAGAUAGACAUGUACAUAGCAUAUUGUACCAUGACAUUAACGAGAAAUGUGAACACUGCUUUGUCAAAUGUAAAGUUCUGCCAUCCUUGCCAAGUGCCAAUGUAAAAGACAAUCCAGAUCACAAUGUUUGGCUUUGCCUGUCAAAAGUCACUGGUCAGGUCCAUUCUGCAGAAUGUGAUUGUACAGCGGGGAGUGGGGAAGCAUGUAAUCACAUUGGAGCUCUGAUGUACGCCCUUGCUGACCUAACAGCAAAGAAGAAGGAUGGAACUCUGGCGUCGACUUCAAAAAAAUGCGUAUGGGGUCAGUUUAACAAUCCACGGAAAAGAAAACUUACUCCAAAAAAAUCUAGUGAAUUAACAUUUAGGAAAUAUACAUUUGAUUCUAAAUUGGAGGCGGUAGAAAAGAAAUCACGAAAAGAACUAUUCAUAAAUUCUGUAGAUGAGGACAGGUUUCGGUUAAGUCUUGAAAAGUGUAAUCCGGCUGCAGGCUGGCUUCUUAACUUUGUUGAGAGCAAAGCAGUGGAGGAGGUUCCCCAGUUUCUUGAUAUAACUUUUAACUUUAAGGAUAGUGUCGACCUAACAUGUGCUGAUGUACAGAAGACAAUCACCACAAAAUUUAAUGAAUUAAAAAUGAGUGAUGUAGACUGUAAGACAGUUGAAAGGUUAACACGAGGUCAAGGAAAAAACAUUUUGUGGGAAGAUGAAAGAAAAAUGAGAGUCACCGCAUCAAACUUUGGUGAGGUGAUGUCACUGAAAUCCGAGACACCUCGUGAAGGACCAAUAAAAAGAAUAAUGUAUUCUAACAUUACAGAGUGA